AUGGUCGACCUCAUAACUGCCCUUCAAACGGAGAACGCCUUCCUCCGAGAGCUUCUUGUCCAAGCUAACGGACACAUCAGUUUGAUGGAGUCACUGGCGACCACAACAACGAAUCGCGUCACUAAGGCUCCUCCUGGAGAAAAGGACUACGUGACACGAAAGACUACGAAUGUACCUGCAAACGGUGUCCUCUUCGGGUAUACGGAAACGGGCAACCCGAUCGACUUGCGCCAGAACUUCAUGCGCGAAGCAAAUGCGCGUCUAGAAGCGAGAGUUCGUCUAUACCUACGCGAACAUCCGGUAUACAAGUCUAUAUCUAUCCGCCAAGUCUAA